CGCGCCUCCACGUUGAAGCUCGCGGCUCGGUCAGCAUCUCUCUCUGCUGCUUUCACGGCACGACCGGACCGCAGCGUGUAGCCCCACUUACAGCGAGACAGCAUGACGUUCAGGAGGCUGAAGAAGGUGAACUCCAGCGGGCCGGAGAGCGGACCCGCAUCUCAAGACGGCGACAUUUAUUUCCCCUCGUCCAAGUCAGACAGCUGCAGGACCGCGGACUUACCGGGCAACUCCUCGGAGGUUUACAACUACAAGACUCUGGCGUAUUCUGGUGGGACGCUGCCCAGAAACUUUAAGAAGGGUGGCGGGCUGCAGAAGUGGAAACCCCUGACGCAGUCACCAGAACCACAAAGAAAGGUGGUGGUCCUGGAGAAAAAGGACGAGGAGGCGUUUGGUUUCGAGAUCCAGACCUACGGGCUGCACCAUCAGGACCAGAACUCGGUGGAGAUGUGCACGUUCGUUUGCAAGGUGCACGACGACAGCCCGGCUCAGCAAGCGGGACUCAAAGUCGGGGAUACCAUCGCAAGUGUGAACGAGGCCACUGUGGAGGGAUUUCGGCACAAGGAGAUCGUUCAGCUCAUCAGGGCCUGCGGCAACACAAUCAGGCUAGAGACGGUUUACAGUGACUCAAUCCGAAAAGCAGAGCUGGAAGCCCGGCUGCAGUAUCUGAAGCAAACUCUUCAUGAGAAAUGGGAUGAAUAUCGGUCGCUGAUGGUGCAGGAGCAGCGGCUUGUUCAUGGUAUAGUAAUGAGUGACGCCGCAGUGUACGAGUCCCUGGAGUCGGCGGGCGUGUACGGCAGCCUCGGCAGUCCCAGCCCCGCCGCUCAGAGGGCGCUCCGCUGCACCGGCAGCACCAGCAGCAGCGCCAGCUUUCUGAGCACGGCCACCGAGGACGACCCCCUCUACCAGACCUGCCUGUACCAGGCGGACGGCAGCGUGGACUCGGACAACACUGGCGCAGACAGGAAGAAAGAGCAGCAGAAGCAGCACCGCCUGCGACCGGCCAGCGAGCUCUUCACGACGGCCAAGACGCAGCUGACGCGCAGCGCCAGCACGCGCAGCUACAUGAGGGGGUCGUCGUCUGCGGCCUCGGGGGAGAAGCAGGCAGGAUUCAACUCCCUGCAGAGGAAGCCCAAACAGAAGAGCUUUCGCAGGCGUCUCCUCAAAUUCAUCCCGGGCCUGAACCGCCCACUGGAGGAGGAGGAGAGCAAACUGUGAGCGGCCGACGGAGCCGCUCGCCGAGACUUCACAGAGAACAGACCCAAACACUUAAAGCACCAGCGACUGUCAAACUGAACUGCCAAAGAAAAAAGCGCACGCAGCCCCAAAGAGUGAAGAGACGGAGACCAAAGCAACGGCUCUGCAGCUGCACCCCUUGUGUGAAUGGGUAGACCAGCGGACACUGGGCUGCGUCGCGUAGCCCUCACAGUUUCACAGCCGUGCAGAACUUUUCUUUCCAGUUGUUUCAUUUUUUUUAAGUUAUUUAUUUAUUUUAACGUGUCAGGUUUGUGUACAGAAUGAAGGAUUUUCCUGUUUUUACUGCAUGCACCCACUUUCCUUUUGACAGCCGAAUAAAUGACCCGUUAUUAUUGUGACUGUGCAACACAACGUUUUGUAAAUUUGAUACCUACUUUAGAUGAUUCAGAUUGAUCCUGUUUUAUUUUUUUCUGCCUAAGUCACGGCUCCUAAAAAUAAAAAAUGUGGCAUUUU